AUGGUAUAACUAAAGUAGGUGCAUAAUUACAUCAUGGAGAUAUAUAUGUUAAUAAAAAGACACCUUAAGUUCCAGAUAAUCCUUUAAUUGAAAAUAUAUAAAUAGCAGAUACUCCAUCAGUAUUUAAAGAAAAGUGGCCAUAUACUGUAGAUAGAGUAUUAAUUAUUAAUAAUACUAAUGAUGGAACAGAGAAAAUCAAAACAGUUAAAACAAUCUUUAGAUAAAUAAGAAGACCUGAAUUUGGUGAUAAAUUUUCAAGUCGUCAUGGUCAAAAAGGUGUUGUUGGUCUUAUUGUUAAUUAAGAAGAUAUGCCUUUUAAUGAAAGAGGAUGGUGUCCUGAUUUAAUUAUGAAUCCUCAUGGUUAUCCAUCUAGAAUGACAAUUGCUAAAUUAAUGGAACUAUUAUGCGGUAAAUUGGGAGCUUUGGAAGGUAAAUUUAAAUAUGGUACUGCUUUUGGAGGAGAGAAUGUAUUAUAGGUAGGAGAAGAAUUAUUAAAAAGAGGAUUUCAUUAUUAAGGAAAAGAUUGUUUAAUAUCUGGAAUUACUGGGGAAUAUAUGGAAUGUUAUGUAUAUUAAGGACCUAUUUUCUAUUAAAGACUUAAGCAUAUGGUUAUUGAUAAAAUUCAUGCUAGAGCGAAAGGACCAAUGGAAAAACUUACUCGUUAACCUGUUGAAGGUAGAGCUAAGGAUGGUGGUUAACGUAUAGGAGAAAUGGAGAGAGAUUGUUUUUUAGCAUAUGGUGCUUCAAAUUUAUUAAUUGAAAGAUUAUUAAUAUCAAGUGAUCCAUUUAAUGUAUAUGUUUGUGAAAUAUGUGGAAUGUUUAAGAGUGAUUCUGUUUGUAGAGGUUGUAAUACAGAUAAAGUAUAUUAAAUUAGAUUGCCAUAUUGUUGUAAAUUAUUAUUUUAAGAACUUUUGGCAAUGAAUAUUAAACCAAAAUUAUAAUUAGUACCUUCUCAUGAGAGAUAAGAGUAUACAAUGAAUUGA